CAUAAACCAUAAACUUUAACAUUUCUCGAAAGCAAUCGGUACACCCCGACGAAGUCGCCGGAGAAAGCCGAGAAGUUACGAUUGCAACAGUAAUAGCUGGUGCAUUGUGGGAAGAUCAUACUAGACGGUUACAACUGCUGUUACUUUUAACCCUUUGAUAUAGUUAUCAGAUGAAAUGUCAUUGAUUUCGUUUCGUUAUAAAUUUACUCAUUUUUAUUAUCUGUCACGUGAAAAUUUAACUGAUUGGACUUAUGUUCAUCCCAGUAUGGUUUUAAUUCCGACAGAAAAUUAAAUACAGACUUUGAAUGUUUUGCGGAGUUAGGAUGUGGGAUUUUAAUCAGAUAAAGGCCUUAUCAGUAAUGUACUGAUCCACACCGGACAUGUUCUCUUCAACGACAUAACGUUUUUACUGUUCAACAUAUAGACAUGCACAUAUCCUGUGUAAAUAGCGAUGAACGACAUAGAAAGAUAACAGCAUGUAAAGUUUUACUAGAAAAUGAUGCAUGAAUGCCUGGUAACGAUGGCAGAAUCAAAAUCAAGUCACGAAACAGAAAGCAAAGGUUCUGAAGACGUUUUUGAAAUGUACUGCGAAGCUUGUCAUAGGGAAGGGCAACAUGAGAUAGCCUGUGCAUUUUGUUCUGCUUGUGUGACCUACUUCUGUUCAACAUGUCUGAAAUACCAUGGGAAGUUUUAUCCUUUUCAUAAACCCCUGGAAGGGAAUAACAUGCCCCAAGAUAUAUGCUUGGAAAAAUGUGAGUCACACACUAAGGAGGUUUUAAAAUAUUUUUGUACUACUUGCAAAACGUUUGUUUGUUGUAUUUGUAAAUCGGAGCUACACAAAGAGACGUGCAACAUGAACUAUUUACCCGAUUUCGUUACGGACACUAAAUGUGAGGAAGAACUUAAAGGGUUAAUGACACACAAGGAUGAUUUUGCUAAACAUCUAACAGAUUUCACAGGGGAAAUUGAUGCAAGAUAUGAAAGUAUUUUUGUUGAUACGGAAGAAGCUAGAACUGUAAUAAAAAAGGAGAAGGAAUUAAUGUUUGUAAAGUUCGAAGAGGAAAUUUCAUCACUAGAAGAAACAAUACAGACAAAAAGAGGAACUGAUACUUUGAGCAUUGAUAAAUCAAAGAAAAAGCUUGAAUUGCUGCAAAAAGAAACUGAUCAAUUAUCAAUCAACGUUAAAACAAUAAAACAACUUCCAAAAGGUCGCAAGUACACGUUAUUUCUCAAAAUGAAACAGUUGAGCGGAAAUUUGACUGAAAUGAAUCAAGUCUUGGGAGAUUUGACACAAGCUUCGUCACAAAUAGACAAUGACUUCGAGGAUGAAGCGAAAAAGAAAGCAAAUAAUGUGAUUAAAAGAGCUAAAGAAUUUGGACAAUACAUCGCUACAUCUCAAGAAUGUAAUGACAAAGGGAUAAAAAAGACCGCGUGCUAUGUUGAAGAUAUAAUUGUCAAGGACAUCUCUGAUCAGGCAGACUGUUGCAUAUUCGACUUAUGUAAACUUUCCGAACAAUAUCUUCUCUUGGUUGAUUGUAGUAACUGUUGUCUGAAAUUAGUAAAUUUGAAAAGUAAAAAAUUAUUGGAUCGACUGUCUGUGAAAAGGACUCCGAACGGUAUUACUAAAAUUACGGACUCGAGGAUUGCUAUGGUUCUGUCAUAUGAGAAAGAUGAGAGCCGCAGUAUAAUUCAGUUCUUGAAACUGACAAAUGCUAAACAACUCGUUUUUGAAAAGCGCUUUAUAUUGACAGAAAUAUAUUGCGCCAAUAUUGCAUACAUUGGUGAUGAUAAGUUGGUCAUUGCAAUGACUGCUGAUUAUCAUGGUAAAGUACAGAUAAUGGACUUCAGCGGGCGUGUUAUUCACACAAUUGAUAAAGAUGAAAAGGGAGUGUCUUUUUUUCUACGUCCCUACUACUUAAAUGCUGAUAACAUGGGAAAUCAUUUUUACGUCACAGAUUGGUUAAAUGACAACUUUCAUAAAGUGGACAUUGACACAUUAAAUGGAUAUCAGUAUUCGCCUCGCAUCUGGCAUCCGCUAGGGAUAACGACUGAUGAGGAUGGCUUCAUUUAUGUCUGUGAAUCCGGAACUAGUAGUAUACAUGUUUAUCAUACCGAUGACACUAAAAAUACGGAUAAGCAAGUUUUGUUAAAAUACGACGAUUUUUGCCCACAAGCUUUACUUUUUUCUGCUUCGUUGUCGAAGCUAUACGUUAGUUUUAACGGUGCUGAUCGCCUGAAGGUUUACAAUAUAAUUAACUCUUAGAAUUGCUUAACUUCGGGUCUGACACAAAGAAUUGUAUUGUAGAAUGACAAUAUUUUUCUUUGUAUGUUCAGGGGUGUGAAAGCUACCCGCUGUUCUACGUUAAAGGAGACUCUUUUACGCCAGGAUGUGUCGAUUUCACGUGUCGAUUACAGGAACGUAACGACUUAAGUUCGCAAUGAUUAUAUCAUAAAUCAAAUAAACAUUUACAGUAUUUGAAGAAUAAGACACAUUCAUGAAUGAAACUCCAAUACGUUCUUUUUAUGACAUACUGUAGGUUAAAUAGAGUAAAUUGGGCAGACUUUGACAAAAACUUCUUUCUUUGUGUUAUACGGAUCAAUAGUUGCUAGUUUGUUCCAAGUUUUAUAAAAUCAACGGGAGUUAACAUUAUUAAACAUUACAAAAAUAUGUAAGUUCAGUAAGUUGCUGUCCUCGAAACACUACUGAAAAUGCUGAGUGUGUUAAACACAACACUGAUUGAAACAAACUGUGAAGAAAACAAAUUUAUGUUUUGUGUACAUAAUAAUAUACUUACUCAAAAUAGUCACUUUUUGGUUGACUUACAGCUGUAAAUGUUUUGAAACUUAAUGAUAUUGAAUACGCCUUCUUUUAUGGACAUUUCAUUCUUAUCAUUCAUCAGUUUAAUGUUGGUUAUUUUACUAAGUUUGAUUGUAUUGAGCAACUUUGUGGAACGAAUUGAUACAUUUCUUUACAGCCACUGAGGAUAGCCAAAGAUUCUAUAUAUAGUUAUGUACAAUAUAUUUGUGUAUGGAAAAUGGUUAUACUUCCAUUUACUCUAGGCUUUAAAGUUAUAGUGAAAUACAUGUUUAUCAUUUACAUAUGUUUAUAAAUAUCUUAAGUUUCUGAGAAGUAUUUUUGUUCUGAUCUUUGUAGUUAUUAUUAUCUUUUGUAGAAAAUGUUAAUGUUGUUUCUUAAACAUUUCCAUUAAUCAUAAUCUAUUAUUACAAUAUUUAUGUAAAGAAAUUAUAAGCCUUAAGCAUUUGUUAAGUAAAUUCUGAUAAGCAGUAAGUUGCAGACCAUUCAAAUGAGUUGUUACAUAUAGUGCCACCUGUAUGUGAAUGCUGUCUCCGUCUGGGAUACAGAAGUUCAUUUAACCAGUCAGCUCAGGGACUUUUGUUAUACUGCUGCUAAUUUUUAAAGAAGUGCCAUCUCUAAAAGUUCUUUAAUGUUUGUUAAAGAACUAUAGAAUUUAUUUUUGGCAAUUUUGUAUUAGGUAAACUUUAGAGAUGAUCUUUAUUCACUGAACAAUUUUUGAUGAAUUUGUAAGUAAUUUUAGUAAUUUCUUUUUUCCAAAAUAAUUAAGAUUAAUUAAUAUAUUUUCUUUGUUUGUUUGUUGUUUAGUUUUGGGCGCCUGUUAAAGGGUAACCCCAUUCAUUUUUCCCGUCAUUGGCAUGAUAGGGUCGAGGAGCAUCAUGCUCAUGCAUCAUAAAUUGUAUAAUUCUAUUAGGAAGCGAUAUAUCAAUCAAUAUUACGUAAUAAACCCAAAUAUGUAUAAAACUGCAGAACUGUUUAACUCUCAUUCAGUACAAAUUGUAAGAAAUUUAGCAAUGAUUGUCUAUAAAGCUUUCGAGAUUAGAAAAGAAUCUACAUUGCAAUCUUAGAGAGUAAUAAAUAUUUACAUACUGUAAGAUUCUAAAGUUCCUUUCUGAAUUUUCAUAUGUUCCCUUUACAUGUAAAUAUAUUUUCCUAUUUUCAAACUUUAUUUGAUACCUUUUAAAUGUUAAAUAUGUUGUAUCAUGUUCGUUAUUCUUUUUUUUUUGUUCUUUUCAUUGUUUUUUAUUAUUAUUUUGUUAAAUUAAUUCAUGUUACAAUUUUAUUAUAGUAAAAAAACUAAAGGUAAAUUAAUCUUGAUUAUCGUUUACAUUAUAAUCGACAUGGUUAUUUCCCUUGUAGGCGUCAUACUCGUUUUGUACUUUCGGUUUCGAUGCAAGGCAAUUUGUCACAUACUAAAAUGCAUAUUUGUAUGUGUGUCUAAAUCUGACAUAUCCAUAUCUGGCAUGAAAACAUGUCAUGCUUUAGAGUUUUAGUUGUAAAAAUAAUGGUCUUGUAAUUUCAUUUUCAAUACAAGGCAUUAUGUUACAUUAUAUGUUUUUGUAUACAUUUGUAGGAGGUUAGUAAUACAAAACAUUAUAUAUAUUUAUAUAUGAGCAUAUUAUGAUAAAACAAGUAAACAUUUAUAACCAUUGAUGUUUAGUAAAAAUACCACAUACAGAACAAGGUAAUGAGCCAAAUAAUUAAAGAGAUAAAUAUGUAUGAAAUUAUAAUAGAUAUGAAUUAAAACGUAACUGACAUCAUAUAGUUCUGAUAAUGUAUGAAUGUAACAAUAUGUUGAAAGUGAGUAAUCUUAUUAUUCAAUGUCUGUCAUUGUAUUGUAAUGUUUUGUGUAAUGUUUGUAUUACUGAGAAUGUUGUAAUUUUAUUUUAUGUCAGGUCAAGGGCUUAUUAGCCUUAACCAGACGGUUGUUGUUUACAUAUUGAUUUUGAAAUAAAAAUUAUUCUUCUUC